AUGGGCAAGCUCUCGGAGGAAGACACCGAAUGGGUGGCCGAGCUGGGAGAGUGGCAAAGCGCAAUCUAUACCGUCGAUCUUUCUGGCAACGAGACUUCACCAACCGGCUUCAAGACUGAGAUGAACAAAGCAAAAGAGGCCACUCCGUAUCUCACUUACAUUGUGGAUCACUACGACACCUUCCCGGACGCGGCAGUCUUCAUCCAUGCGCAUAGGAACGGGUGGCCGGCAGCCUGGCACAACGACGCGAAGGGCUACGAUGCCAUGAAUAUGCUCCAUCAGCUGAAGAUGGAAGCCGUCCUGGAUCGCGGAUUCGUCAACCUGCGAUGUGUAGGAGACCCUGGCUGUCCUGCUGAAAUCCAGCUGAACAGAAACCCUCCAGAGCAGUCAAGACAUGCAGAGAUUGCGUACCCAUACGUGUACAGUGACUUCUUUAAUAUGACCGUCCAGGAAGUCAGAGAGCAAGUGCCAAUCGUGGCGACGCCUUGCUGUGCUCAGUUUGCAGUUUCGAAAGAACAAGUUCUCAAACGACCAAAGACAGAAUAUGAACGAUUUCUGCAGCUGAUCAAGGAGUCGAAGUACGACGAUGAGACGCUCGGCACGGUCAUGGAAUACAUGUGGCAUAUCCUCUUUGGAAGAGAUCCUGUCCAUUGCGAGAAUACACAGCAGUGUUGGAAGAUUGUCUAUGGACGAGAGGCGGACUGGAGCAACUUUGGAUGA